UUGAUAGCCCUAACGGCGGUACAACAGAAAAUUUUCAAUUUUACAAUAAAGCUGGACUCCACUUGCUACAGUUCAAGUUUAAUCUACGAAACUUACGCUUUCGUUUUUUUUUUCUUUUUCAACACAAGGGAGGAAAAAGACGAAGAUCAAGCUAGGCAAUCUUGAAUUCGGAAUUUCCCCCAUCUAAAGAUGCUUCCCCUCUCUUUGCUCAAGACUGCACAGGGGCAUCCCAUGUUGGUGGAACUAAAAAAUGGAGAGACUUAUAAUGGUCAUUUGGUGAAUUGUGAUACUUGGAUGAAUAUCCAUCUUCGUGAAGUUAUCUGUACGUCAAAGGAUGGAGAUAGAUUUUGGAGAAUGCCUGAAUGUUAUAUUCGUGGCAAUACCAUAAAGUAUCUUAGAGUUCCUGAUGAGGUUAUUGAUAAAGUUCAAGAAGAAACAAAAAGCCGUGGAGAUAGAAAACCACCUGGUGUAGGUGGACGAGGUAGGGGAAGAGGAGGUAGGGAUGAAGGUGCUGCUGGAAGACAGGGGAAAGGCAUUGGGCGUGGAAUGGAAGAUGCGGGAGCCAAAGGCCGAGGCAAAGGAGGACCUGGUGCCAAGUCUGGUGGAAAAGGUGGUGGCCGUGGACGUGGCUGAUCACCGUCAUUUAGAGAAAAAGAAGCCAGAUGACAAGCUAGAUUAUAUUGUAUCUAAUUUUGUUUGUACUUUCAAAUUAUAAAGCAACUUAACGGAGAAAAGGCCUGCUUCCAGUUAUUAUUAAUUUAAGAUGGAAUGUAUGUAGGCUUGAAAUGCUCACUCUCUUUCCUUGACGAAGACAUAUGUAAGAGUUGGUGUCUUGAAAAUAUUUGACCCUCGUCGGUAUGUGUUUUAAUUUUAAAUGAAAUCUGAGCUAGCUUUCUUUUCCCAAUG